AUCUGUUGCAACCUCAACCGUAGUGGGACUGACAAAGGAUUGAUCAUUUCAUAGACUUCAAGAUUUGGACUCAAUUCUAACGGAGCAUGUGGAACUCUCACCUGUAUCAGCGGUGAUCCCAGCAGUCACAAGAUGGUCAAAAGUGUCAUGGUCACGUACGCCCUGUGGGCAGUGGGAGGCCCCUUUGGCCUUCAUCAUUUCUAUUUAGGAAGAGACAACCAUGCUUUAUUAUGGAUGCUCACGCUGGGAGGUUUUGGCGUGGGCUGGAUCAGAGAGCUUCUCCGUAUUCCAACAUAUGUGGCUGUAGCCAAUCAAGACCCAGAUAUGGAGAGGAGAAGGUGUGUGAUGACCACGUCCCCUCCACCUGUAAACCUAGUUAGAGUUGCUGGCCAGGUGUGUGUUGGGAUCUACUUUGGCACCGUGGCACUGAUUGGGCUGAACUCACUCAAUUUCUUUGACUUGCUUAUCCUGCCGUUGUGUGUGGGUGCAGGGGUGCAUUUGGUGUCCACUAUAGGCCAGCAGACCUCUGAUCUUCGAAAAACUCUCACGGCUUGUCUUAUAACCUCUCCAUUCUUCUAUGGCAGCACUUUAUCCCCUCUGCCCAUUAGCCUGGCAGCCAGUCUCACUGCCACACAGCAUCGCAAGUACAAGAAAGCUCAGACAGGAAAUAAACAGGAACUAGGUCUCCGGCUUUGCAAGUUGACUCUAGCUUGGCUGGUCUUCUCUGCUCCAUUGGCCUAUUGUGUUUUCCAUAACACCACUGCCACUUUGUAUUACCUGUCUGACUGCAUGGCAGUACUGCUGGAUGUUUUUUGGUUCCUCCCUUGGCUCAGAAACUUAGUAGAGUACAUUCUCCUAAUGCCAUAUCGCUUAAUGUGCGUCUUGACUGGAGGAAGCUAUUAUGAAGAGGCCUGGAAGAAAAUGCUGGAAAUACUCCUUAAAGACUACACUGAGCGGGAAAAAGAAGCGCUGAAGGUCUUAUCACUGGGAGCAGAGGCCUCUCUUGAAGAGAUAACUCGAGGGUAUAGGGAGCUGGCCAAAAUAUGGCAUCCUGACCACAAUCCCAGCAAGGAUGCUGAAAUGACAUUUGUCAAGAUUCACGAGGCGUAUGAGGUUCUUCUACGACGCUACAAGCCCCGCCGCUUCAGAUAGAUCCUGAGUGUGAGAACUGCCUCAAUAAGUUGUCACAAACAAGAGUAAAUCUAUCAAAGAAAAAAAUAAGCAAACACUCAAUUCAUUGGGAAGUAAACUACAUUUGCUUACUCCCUGAGAACUUAAAAGUGAGUGUGCUGCAAUGGAAGCUAGGCUGAGCAAUUGGCUCAGUAGUCAGCAAGCUUGACUGCCAAAGUGUUGGGUUAGGUUCAAACCCUAGAUGGAGAUGGGUGACAGCGACACAGGGAAAACAGUAUUUUCACCAUCGGAGCAGUUGCACAUACUUACUUUUUGAUGUAAUUUGCUGUAAAACAAGAGUUAGAAUGUUUUUCUUUUUACGGUACAGUUUUACUGUUGAUUUAAAUGUACAAUUCUGUCGUAGUUGCCUGUAUUUGCUGUAAAUCUGAUUUAUUAUUUUUUUCCCCACUGUGUUGGGAACAAAAUUCUAUCUGGUUUAUUGACGAAACUUAGGAUCCAGGAAUAAACAAACGAGAUACCCAAUUUAUUUAACCUAACA